AUGCUGCACGUGGGAACCCUCCUGCAGCUGCUGGGGCAGCGCAUCUCUGGACUGCGGCUCUCUGGCGACAGUGCUGUGGACCUGGCUGGCGAUGUGGGUCUUAAGAGGCAGCAGAUGAUGUAUGUGGAGCUCCGUGCCCGCAUCAGACGCCACCAGAAAAUCACAAAGUUCCUGCACGACUUGGAGGCCGCCAUGAGCACCAUGGUGCUGGUGCAGUUCUCCAUCAGUAUGUUCUGCCUCUGCAUGGACCUCUACCAGCAGAUCCAGAUUGAGGACGCGCUCACGGCCCUGCAGUACGCCAUGACUAUGCCCUUCCACAGCAUCCAGAUCUACUUCUACUGCUGGACGGCUGACGUCAUCACGCAGCAGGGUGAGGCGAUGUGUCUAACAGGUUUACAGCAGCCGCUGGGUGAGCGCUGGUAUCACCUUCCAGAAAGUGCUCAUAAUCGCAUUGUUGUUGUUUGUAGAGUUGAAGCUGGCGAGGCACUGUCUUUGGCGGCGUACAGCAGCCACUGGGUGGGCGCCGGCGCCGUCUUCCAGAGGGCGCUGUCCAUCGUGAUGGCGCGCGCCCAGAAACCACUGCUCAUCACGGCGGGACACCUCUACCCCGUCAACACGGCGGCCUUCGUAGCGCUGAUGAAGGCGUCCUACUCGCACUACACUCUGCUGAGACAACUGGACAGCAGCUGA